GCCUCCCCCCCCCUUCCUUUUCCUCUGGGAGAGGGAGGGCGCCACUGGAGCUGGGGGGAGGCAGGGCUCCAGAGGGGAGGGGAGGCAGGGCUGGGAAAGGCUGGGGAUUGAGAGCUGCAGCUAGGCCGCUCCCUGGGCAGGUUCCCAGCCCAGCAGCCCAGGGGGAAGGGGCUUUGGCCCCCAGGGGCUCGGAUUCGCCCCCCUGCCAUUGCCAGGGCCUGGGAGAGCGCAGGAGCCAGAGAGGGAGAAGGGGAAAGAGGAGAAAGGAGGUGGGGAACAUCCCUCCCCCCAGCUGGGAUGCACAGAGACCAGCAAUCACAAUUCAGCCAGAAAGGGACAGGCUUUUCCCCCCUCCCUGCCACUUAAUGCAGUGAGAGAAGGAAGAAAACAGGAGGCGGGAGGGAGAGAUAUACAGGGACCUUUCAAACCAGAUUUGCCAGCAAGCUAAUAACAAGAAUUGGUGCAGUAUUUUUUUCCCCCCUUCUUCUUCCUCCUCUUCCCACUGAAAGACUCAGACAGAGGAAGAGAGAGAGGCAGAGAAGCGGAUGGGAAAAGGGAGGAAGAGAAAUAAAGAAGGAAAGAAUCUCCAUUUCGUGGAGAGGGGGAUUUUGCAGGGACUGGUUCAUUUUACGCUGCAAGGAAAAGGAUAUUGGGGUUCAGAGGCAGAGUUCAAGAGAGGGGUCAUUCGGCCUGGAAAGGUGGAGAUUGGGGAGUCUGUUGAGGAACCAAACCAGAAUUGCUAUUUAUUUUCAGGGAGCUUGUGGAUUUUUUGCUUUCGGAAGCCGGGUUUGCAUGAACUGGUAUUUUAUUUUCAGGGUUUGGUUUGUUUUUGUUUUUUUUUUAAAGGAAGAAACUGAUUUGUGUCAAGUUUUAGGAACCUUAAAAUGCAGUUUGGGGGUUUAAAAAAUUAGGACAUCUUUUUUCUAUUUAAUUUUUGUAAGGGUUGAACUGGACUCAGAAACAAUGUACAUAGUAUUGUAUGAUUUUUAUUGAUUAUUUAUUUUUCAAUGAUAGCAAGGAAAGACCGAGCUGUUACCCUAAAAGAAGUGCCAAUUUGUGGAAGAAUUUGAGCUUCUGGUAUUUUUUUUCUGUUACAGUUUUUCAAGUAUUAGGCUAGGGAUUUUAUUUUAAUUUUUUUUUGUCUCUGCCCUGCAAACAGAAGAACAGCUGUUAAAACUGGAUUAUAAGGAUGUUUUUUAUCUGUGUUUUGCAGUUAAGACUUUAAUAUUUUGAAGAAAAACUGCUUUGUUUCCUUUUACAUUUUUUCGACAGCAUCUGUAACCUUGAAAAGACUAUUUUUGGACGUAAUAAAAAGGCAAGUGUGUUUUUUAGUUUUUUUCAGAAGAAAACAGGAGGGGAAAAAUUAAAAAAAAGAAAAGGAAAAAAAGGACUAUGUUCACACUCCAGCUCAAGAUGGACCUGCAGCUUCCAGGAUCUUGAUCUGUUUUCCUCUUCUGGAAUUUUUUUUUUCCGGGAGGGUGCGAUUUUAAAAUUAUAAAAGCAGUCAAGAAAACAGAGGACCCUGGAUUUUUGGAUCAGCGAAGGAGACAAGAAGAAUCAUGAGUGUGAGGCCUCCGCAGACUGCACUAGACAGGCCAGCCAGUAAAAAGCACUCUCACCUGCCCAGCCCCAUUGCAGCCUGGUUAAGCAGCCUGUCUUCACUGGGCGAUUCGGCUACAGGACGCAGGUCUCCAGGGCACCGCCGCCAGCCGUCUGACUGCACUGAAACGACAGGUUUGGUCCAACGGUGUGUCAUCAUCCAGAAGGAUCAGGAUGGCUUUGGCUUCACUGUCAGCGGGGACCGGAUCGUCCUGGUGCAGUCUGUCCGGCAAGGAGGAGCAGCCAUGAAGGCCGGGGUGCAAGAGGGUGACCGGAUCGUCAAGGUCAACGGCACAAUGGUGACGAACAGCUCCCAUCUCGAAGUGGUGAAGCUCAUCAAAUCCGGCGCCUACGUCGCGCUGACCCUCCUGGGGUCUCCUCCUCCCUCAGUGGUGCUCUCCGGCCCUCAGCAAGACGUGAGCGUAUCGGGGGCACCCGGGAUUGCACCCCUGUGCCCCCCGCCGCCUCCUCCGCCUCCGUUGCCUCCACCGCAGCGCAUCACAGGACCCAAACCGUUGCAGGACCCACAAGUUCAAAAGCACGCGACUCAAAUCCUCCGCAACAUGCUGAGACAGGAGGAGGCCGAGUUACAGGUACGAUGCGCUGCCUGUCUCCUCCCUGUGCGGUUCUGCGAGGUGUACAGCCGGAACCCCGCCACCACGCUGGAGGAACGGAUCGAGGGGGCGCGCAGAAGGGUCAGCCAACUGCAGCUCAAGAUCCAACAGGAAACAGGCGGCUCAGUGUUGCAGGAUUUGGGGCGGCCGUGCUGCAAUUCCGGCUCAGCCAGUCUCCGGGGGACGGAAGGCCGCCUCUCUCUGGACUCUCAGGAUGGCGACAGCGGUUUGGAUUCGGGCACUGAGCGGUUCCCUUCGGUGAGCGAGAUCUCUCUGAACCGGAACUCCGUUCUGUCCGACCCCGGCCUCGACAGCCCGCGCACCUCCCCGGUCAUCACCUCCAAGAUGUUCCAGCACCAUCGCCGCCAAGGCUCGGACACGCCCUUCCUGCCCAUCGCGGAGCAGGGUUUGGACCGGAUGCCGAGGCCUCUCAUCAUUGGGCCAGAGGAAGAUUACGAUCCAGGGUAUUUCAACAACGAGCAGUGCGACACCCUCUUCCAGGACCUGGGGAAGCUCAAAUCCCGACCGGCUCACCUGGGUGUUUUCCUGCGCUACAUCUUCUCCCAGGCAGACCCAAGCCCCCUGCUCUUCUAUUUGUGUGCAGAAGUUUGCCAGCAAAUGAACUCCAAGGAUUCCCGGGCGUUGGGGAAGGAGAUCUGGAACAUCUUCUUGGAGAAGAACGCGCCUCUGAGAAUAAAGGUGUCUGAGCAGUUGCUAGCUGACAUAGAGUCUCGCCUGCGGAACGGGGAGGACGUCCGAAGCGCCUUCUCCGAGGCUCAGGACGCAGCGAUGCCCGAGAUCCAGGAACAAAUCCAGGACUACAGGACGAAGCGCACCAUGGGGCUGGGAAGCCUGUAUGGAGAAAACGACCUGCUGGAUCUGGACGGCGAUCCCCAGAAGGAGCGCCAGGUGGCCGAGAAGCAGCUUGCUCAGCUGGGCGACAUACUGUCGAAAUACGAAGAGGACAGGAGCUCCCCCAUGGCCUUUGCCCUCAGCACCUACAUGAGCCACACGGGAAUCCGGAUGCGGGAGGCCCGGCCGGCCAGCUCCAGCGAGAAGUCCCAGGCCUUCCCAGACAAGGACAAGUGGCUGCCCUUUUUCCCCAAGGCCAAGAAGAGCAGCAGCACGAAGAAGGACAAAGACGCGAUGGAGGAUAAGAAACGCAAUCCCAUCCUGAAAUACAUCGGGAAGCCCAAAAGCUCCUCCCAGAGUACAUUUCAUGUCCCUUUGUCCCCUGUGGAAGUUAAACCCGGCAACGUGAGGAAUAUCAUCCAGCACUUUGAAAACAACCAGCAUUGCGAGUCCCAAGAGCCUGGCACGCAGCGCCUCUCCACCGGCAGCUUCCCUGAAGAGCUGCUGGACUCGGACAGUUCCAGGUCAGAGGUCAAGCUGGGCCGGUCGGAGAGCCUGAAAGGGCGGGAGGAGAUGAAGAAAUCGCGCAAGGCAGAGAACGUGCCACGGUCCCGGAGCGACGUGGACAUGGACGCCGCAGCAGAGGCCACGCGGCUUCACCAGUCGGCGUCGUCUUCGGCAUCCAGCCUGUCCACGAGGUCCUUGGAAAACCCCACUCCUCCCUACACACCCAAGAUGGGGCGCAGGAGCAUCGAGUCCCCCAAUCUGGGCUUCGGCACCGACUCCUUCCUCCCCAACCUGCUGGAGGAUGACCUGGGCCAGCUGUCGGACCUGGAGCCGGAACCAGACUCUCAGAACUGGCAGCACACGGUCGGCCGGGAGGUCAUGGCUUACCUGACCCACAGGGAGAUCGACCGCCAGGAGGUGAUCAACGAGCUCUUUGUCACGGAGGCGUCUCACCUGCGGAUUCUCCGAGUCCUGGACGUCCUCUUCUACCAGCGGAUGAAGAGGGAGAACUUGCUGUCGCGGGAGGAACUGGGGCUGCUCUUCCCCAACCUCCCGGACCUGAUCGACAUCCACAAUUCUCUGUCUGAAUCCAUGAAGAAGCUCCGAGAAGAAGGACCAAUCAUCAAGGAGAUCGGGGAUCUCAUGCUUUCUCGGUUCGACGGGCCGGCGCGGGAGGAAAUCCAGCAGGUGGCGGCUGAUUUCUGCUCGUACCAGUCCAUCGCCCUGGAGCUGAUCAAAACCAAGCAGCGCAAGGAGACCCGCUUCCAGAUCUUCAUGCAGGAAGCCGAGAGCAACCCGCAGUGCCGACGCCUGCAGCUCAAGGACCUGAUCAUCUCCGAGAUGCAGCGCCUGACCAAGUACCCGCUGCUGCUGGAGAACAUCCUCAAGCACACGGACGGCGGGACCCCGGAGCACAAGAAGCUGUGCCGCGCCCGUGACCAGUGCCGGGAGAUCCUCAGGUACGUGAACGAGGCGGUGAAGCGGGCAGAGAACCGGCACCGGCUGGAGGCCUACCAGAAGCGCCUGGAUGCCACGUCUCUGGAGCGGACCAGCAACCCACUGGCGACCGAGUUCAAGAACCUCGACCUCACCUCCCGGCGCAUGAUCCACGAGGGGGCUUUGAGCUGGCGCAUCAGCAAGGAGAAAACGUUGGAUCUGCACGUGCUGCUGCUGGAGGACCUCCUGGUGCUGCUGCAGAAGCAGGACGAGAAGCUGGUGCUGAAAUUUCACAGCAAGACGGCGCUGGGCUCCUCGGACACCAAGCAGACCUUCAGCCCCGUCCUGAAGCUCAACUCCAUGCUCAUCCGCUCCGUGGCCACAGACAAACGAGCGCUUUUCAUCAUCUGCACCUCGGAGCUGGGGCCCCAGAUCUACGAACUGGUGGCGCUGACGCCCUCGGAGAAAAACACGUGGAUGGAGCUGCUGGAGGAGGCGGUGCAGAGCGCCAUGAGGAACGCCACCUCCCCCCCCAAACGCAGGGCCCGGGAGCUGCCCAUCCACAGGCCGGCCCCGUCCAGCCUGGUGCUGCAAGACCCCGACGUCUCCCCGAUCCUCUCCCAAGCCGACAGCUCCGGGGCGGAGGUGGACGAUGUCUCUUCAGCGGAUGACAAUCCCACCGACUUCCUGGGCAAGGAGAAGCAUCCGGUGCUGCCGGAGGAGCCGGAGGCUGAAGGCAGUGAGGAGGAGGAAGAGGGGGAGGAGACGCCGGCUGCCCCUGUGCCGGCACAGAGCUCUGUGGAGUUAGAUGAAGCUGGAGCGUCCGAGGCCCCGGGGCCCAGCAUGUGCCUGUCCCUCCCGGGACUUGUGUUGACAGAGGGACUGGCCGAAUCAGCCCUGGAGGACGUGGAGAACCUGCGGCAUCUGAUUCUGCGCAGCCUGCUGCCCUGCCGGGACCCGGAGCCUGAGGACGACCUGACCCCCACGCCCUCGGUGGCCGGAGGAGCCGGGCAGCCCUGGGACGCUGUGCUGUCCAGCCAGGACUCAGGCUGCCAAGAGCAGUCGGUGGAGCCCUCCGGGCAGGGCGGCCCCACCACGGACAGGGCUGGUCUCCCGGGCCACUCGCCCAGCGGCAGGACGGAGACUGAGACGGAAAGCCGGCCGAGCGCGGGGGACGUGGAGGAGCCGGGCUGGAGUUCGGACGGCAGUCGGGAGGCGUCCCAGGAAGUGGAGAGACCCCCAGCUGCGGAGGGGCAGGGCGGCUACAAAGUGGUCCGGAAAGCUGAGGUGGAGGGCACUAAGGAUGCCACGCCCUUGGCAGACAGCAGCCAAUCAGAAACUGAGUUGCAUGAAGGAGGCGGAGCUAAUGUAGAUGGGAAUUACUUCUACGUCAGCAUGCCCGCCGGCCCUGCAGAGUCCUCCACCGAGCCCCCUGCCCCCAAGCAGCCAGCGAGCCCCGUGGAGCAGUCCCCCAGCCCGCCCCACCCCGCCCUCGGCUCCCGGCAGCACGACCAGGACAUCACGCCGGGCCCCGGCAGCCUGGAUGGGGCCCCACCCCCCGAGCCGCCCGCCCCCAGUCUGGUGAUCCAGGACGUUGACAUGAUCUUCCGGACGAUAGAACAGCUCACGCUGAAACUCACCAGGCUAAAGGACGUGGAGAUGGCCCAUCGCGAGUUGCUGCGGUCUCUGGGAAGAGGUUCAUCGGCUGAGACCACCCCGGUGGGGGCCACCGCGCUGGAGACGGGCCGGUGGCUGGAAUGCCCACCCAGCCCUGCCAGCGAUCGCUGCUCCUCCCCUGCCCAGCGAGGCUGCGGGCCCCGACAGCCAGCGAGCCCGGCUGCCGAGCCCCCUCAGAGGAACCCCUCUGCACCAAUGCCCUGCCAGGGAGGAGAUCUCCCCAAAGAUGGCUGGGAAGCUGGAGCAGCAGGGCACCCCCUGGACCCACCCAACCUGGGGAAAACCCCCUGGGAGGCGGGGCAGCCCGAAUGUUGAAACAGACCCAUGGGGGCUGCCACUGGAAGCUUGGAGCAGAACUGGAAUCCCGCGGGGAAGCGCAUGUUAGUUUCGGCUGAUCUCGGUGUCUCGUCCUAGCCAUGGGGCUGGGUGGCCCUUUGCCUGGAGAGCGAGUGCCUGUCACCCUGCAUGCUGCCUGCUGCUGGCAGGCCGGGCCCCCACCUCUGUGCCCCCCACGGACAAGCAUCGUCCCUGUACACACAAGCUGGAAUAUAGUCUGUCGAAAUGCACUUUUUGUUUCUCUCCGCGCUGAGGAGCCCACGCGGCGGGUCCCGGCCCGCCCUCUCUGCUGAUCAGAUAUAAAUAUGUAUGUAUGUGCAUUGGGUUCUUGUAAAUAACUGGACUGUAUCCCGUGACCCUGCAGUCCAACGGCCAUUACCACUAUCCCGCUGCCCUGCCCAGCCUGGGGAAACGAGAUUUCAAGCAGCCCGGUCCUCUUACCACUAGGUGUUCCCUCUGGGCCUCUCGCGGUGUCUCCCCCGGCCCUGUGAGGCCAUAGCACAUGCUGUUGGCAUUAGCCGGCCUUUCUCCCUCCAGCAGAUGCGCUGCCCCCUCCUUCGGGCAGAGGCUUUUCUGUAGGGGCUGACUGGAAAACGCACACUGCUCCCAUCCCCAGGGCGGGCAGCGGGCUGGGAAAACGGGACACCCCACGGCCGCCUCGGCCGUGGCAAAAUCCCUGCGCUGCUUGGAGACAAUCAGCCGGGGCUGCGCGGGGAUCGUCUCUGCCGCGCUCCUUGGGGCUGGGUGAGCCCAGCCCAUCGGAUACGAUCACCCCUAACGGUGAGCUCGGCACAGCACCAAUCAGCUGCUGUGGGUGGGAGGGCUCAGGGUAAGACCCCACUUCGCAAUCAGCUUUUGUCUAUUCGCAGGCUGCUGCUGCGUUGUCAGAGGCCAGGCCCCGGACCUGCCCCCCUCAUCAGCCCCCCGGCCCGGUCCCAUAUAUAUAUAUACACUUAUAUAUAUAUAUAUAUACACACACUAGCUAGAGGACUGACUGUUUGCUGUUCCAUGAUGUAUAAUCGGUUUUAUUUUCUUCCCUUUACUGGUAAAGAUUUUUUUUUUUAAAGAAAAGUGAAAUAUUC